UCUAUCUCCAGCUGCGGGACUCUUUCACCGUGGCAAGAUGGCGGCGGAGCGGCAGUCCGGAGCGGCGAUGGAGGAGAAUAAGGAGAACGAGCGGCCGGGAGCUGGAGGGAAGUCGGCGGCCCUAGGGGACACGGUGGGGCUGGAGAUCCUACAGAUUAUUAAGGAAUCCCAGCAGCAGCAUGGGAUGCGUCACGGAGACUUCCAGAGAUACAGGGGCUACUGUUCCCGACGCUUGAAACGUCUGAGAAAAACCCUAAAUUUUAAGAUGGGGAACAGACACAAAUUUACUGGAAAGAAAGUGGCUGCGGACAUGCUGUCUGAUAACAGGUAUUUACUUCUCAUCCUGAUGAAUGCAGAGAGAGCUUGGAGCUAUUCCAUGCAGCUUAAAAUGGAGGCGAAUACAGAACCCCGCAAGCGUUUUCACUUGGUCUCCCGACUGAGAAAGGCAGUAAAGCAUGGGGAGGAACUGGAGCGACUGUGUGAAAGUGAUCGCAUUGAUGCGAAGACUAAGCUGGAGGCUCAGGCCUACAGCGCUUAUCUCAAUGGCAUGCUUCAGUUUGAGCAGCAACAUUGGCAAGAAGCCAUGAAAGCAUUCAACAAGUGCAAGACCAUCUACGAAAAGUUGGCCAGUGCUUUCACGGAGGAGCAGGCUGUGCUCUACAACCAAAGAGUAGAUGAGAUCUCGCCAAACAUCCGCUACUGUGCCUACAACAUCGGGGAUAAGACAGCUAUGAAUGAGUUAAUGCAAAUGAGGCUGCGUGGUGGAGGUGCGGAAGGACUGCUGGCGGAGAAGCUGGAGACUCUAAUUUCACAGACAAGAGCAAAACAAGCUGCUACCAUGAGUGAGGUGGAAUGGCGAGGGCGCACCAUUCCUAUCAAAAUUGAUAAGGUGCGGAUUUUCCUGCUUGGGCUGUCGGAUACAGAAGCUGCAAUUUCACAGGCUGAAGACGAGGAGGCUAAAGAACGGUUGUUUGAGUCUGUGCUGAGCGAAUGUAGAGAUGCCAUCCAGAGUGUGCGGGAGGAACUGAAAAUAGAACAGAGGCAGAGAGAUGCUGUGGUGGAUGGAGAGAUGGGCAAAGUGUCCAAUCUGCAGUACCUGCACAGUUACCUGUCCUACAUCAAGCUUUCGACGGCCAUCCAGCGCAAUGAAAGCAUGGCCCGUGCUCUGCAGAAGGCACUGCUCUGCCAACCUCAAGCCGAAGAGGACGGCAAGAGGACUCCACGGCCCCAGGACCUCAUUAGGCUUUAUGAUAUUAUCUUGCAGAAUCUGGCAGAGCUGCCACAGCUACCUGGCUUGGAGGAUGACCAAAGCUUCCAAAAGGAAAUUGUCCUUAAGACGCUCGUCUAUAAGGCAUACAGGUGUUUCUUCAUCGCUCAGUCCUAUGUCCUGGUAAAGAAGUGGAGUGAGGCACUGGUGCUAUAUGACCGGGUGCUGAAAUAUGCAAAGGAAGUGCAGGCUCAGGCUGGAACGAAGAAGAGCAAUUUCAAGGAGCUUCCGGAUGUCCAGGAGCUGAUUAAGCAGGUGAAUGCAGAGAAGUAUUCUCUACAGGCUGCAGCCAUUCUUGACACAACAGACACCACUGAGGAGGUUUCACCUUCUCGGAUUAAAGAUAACAAGCCUCUCAUGGAACGUCUGGACAACUUCUGCCUUGACCCAUCUGUUGUGACCAAACAUGCCCGACUUGUGCCCUUUCCCCCAGACUUUCAUCCCUUACCUUGUAAGCCACUCUUCUUUGAUCUGGCCUUAAAUCAUGUUGCGCUACCAUCUUUGGAAGACAAGCUGGAGCAGAAAGCAAAGAGCGGACUGACGGGUUAUAUCAAAGGCAUCUUUGGCUUCCGAAGUUAAUGAGGUGGCGAAACGUGAGGGUGGUUAAUAGUUUCCGCUCAGCAGCAUGUUCUGUCCUCUGUGAAUGAGACCUCAUGGAGAUGGAGUUUUGCUCUGAGCUGGUUAUAACCAUCACUCCUCGUUCUAGAGAGAUCAAUAAAUUCUUUUAAUUUAUCGUGAUAAUGGUCUCCUGUGUUUUGGCAGAUAAUGGGAGGAAUUGUUUGCAGCAGCUCCGUUUUUGGAGCAGGCAGGAUGUCCGUUACAGGUAUCAUGGGUGGACCAGUUCCCAAGACAGCAAAAUAAAUGCUCAUUUUUAGUACAUCUCCUUUUAUGUUUGAGGAGAUUUUUACCUUUUUAUUUCCUCAUUCCAAAAUUAUACAUUGUACGGUUAAAAGUACAUGAUCCUUCUCUAAAGUCAUUUUAUCCACUUUCAACCAGGAUGAAUCUGCAAAUCUCAAUGUGAUUUAUCUUUUCAAAAGCAAAUAAAACACUUGUUUUGGGA